GAGGCGGAGGAGGAGCGGCCAUGGAGCUGCCGGCGGCCCAGCACCAGCACCAGCAGCAACUGCGCAGCCUGCGGGACUUCCUGCUCGUCUACAACCGCAUGACGGAGCUGUGCUUCCAGCGCUGCGUCUGCAACCUCAACUACCGCGCCCUGGCCCGGGAAGAGGUGAGCCCCGACGGGAGGGGAGGCGAGGCGAGGCGGCGCCCCCCCCAGCCCCCGAGGCGCCCCCCCACCUGCCCCUCUCGCUCUCUCCGCCCGCAGGAGGCCUGCCUGGAGGGCUGCGCCGGGAAGCUGGUGCGCUCCAACCACCGCCUGAUGGCCGCCUACGUCGACCUCAUGCCCGCCCUGCUCCAGCGCCGCCUGGCCGACUACGAAGCCGCCGACGCCAGCCGGCCCGCCGACGCCCUCGCCGGACCCUAGGCUCCCCGGGGGUGGGGGGUGGGGGGGCCCUCUGCUCCAGAGAGUGGCCCUGCAAGAGGAGCGCCCGGGGACCUCCAGGCCCCGAGUUGGCCUUCUCCCCUUGCUCCUGUCUCCCGAGGGCCUCAGCCGUCCUGGGCGGGAGACUCCGCAGAGAUCCUCCAAAGCCGCCGCGGACGUGGCUGGGCUGGACAAACGGCGUGGGAACGGCCGGCCCCUCGCUGAAGCCCGGAACGGGGCCGUGGGCUCCCGCAUUUCUCCUGCAGUGCUGCUCCCUUGGCGCCCAACGCCCUCCGCCAGCGUCCCCCCCCCCCCCCCCCCCCGCAGCAAGCAGGCCUUUCAGUGCUGCAGAAGUUGGUGGCAAGUUUAUAACAGCAGAAUAUUUCAAAGCAGGCUCUGUGUGACUUUAGGAUAAACGUGAUCCCUAACUGACCUAAAGAAAAUGAAUGUUUCAAACUCUGAAGAGCAGUCACUCUGAGGAAGUCUGAAGAAACGCAGCCCCCCUCCCCCCCCCCCCCAAAUGCGGGGCCCACCAGCACCUUCCCUGCCCCCCACCAAAUAAGUGGGACGGACCAGACAGGCUGCUCUGGAUUUCUGAUGUUUGUGGACAGAGGCUUUAAGUAAAGUACUUUAAAAACCUGGA